AUGGCUGAAAGCGUGUUAUCUCCUCCUACGAAGUUCAAUAUCGAAGCCGCAGAUGCAUACAUAGAAUGGAAAGCUUGGAUAGAGUCUUUUAAUAUCUAUGCUGUAGCGGUUGAGCUCGAAAAAAAGUCGGAUGGUGUCCAAACAGCGACAAUGCUGCAUUGCCUAGGGCCGGCGGUGCAAAGAAUCAUUAGAACAUUGCCCGGCAAGAAAGAAAGUUUUAAAGAGGCAGUUGAAGCUCUUGAAGGCUAUUUCGCGCCGAGAAGAAACGUCGUUGCUGAAAGACACAACACAAGUUUCGCAGUCGAAAACAAAAUGCUGAUGAGACAAUCGAUGCAUAUCUAA